GGCGACUCCCUCCCGCAGCGCCUGGGCCUGCACCCGACGCAGACCGGACCGCGGCGCCGAACAGCAGCCUAGUCCCUGGCCCAUCUCCAUGUUGGUGGCGGCCUGAGCGGAAGCCCGAGUGGGAUGCGGCUGACGCGGAAGCGUCUCUGCUCGGUUUUCAUAGCCGUGUACUGCCUCUUCUCGCUCUACGCCGCCUACCACGUCUUCUUCGGGCGCCGCCGCCGGACGCCGGACGCGCCUCUGCGGGGCCUCAGGAAGGGGGUUGUCCCGGUGCGGGAGAGGCGCGGCCGAGAACAAUCUACUUUGAGAAGUGAAGAAUGGAAUCCUUGGGAAGAAGAUGAAAACAAUGAACAACAACACAGACUUAAAACUAGCCUUCAGAUAUUAAAUAAGUCCACAAAAGAGAAAAAACACUUCCAUGUACAAAUCUGGGGCAAAGCUGCCAUUGGUUUGUAUCUCUGGGAGCAUAUUUUCGAAGGUUUACUUGAACCCACUGAUGUGACUGCUCAGUGGAGAGAAGGAAAUUCAGUUGUUGGGAGAACACAUUACAGCUUCAUCACUGGUCCGGCUGUGGUCCCCGGGUACUUCUCUGUUGAUGUGAACAACGUGGUCCUUGUUCUAAAUGGAAGAGAAAAGGCGAAGGUCUUUUAUGCCACCCAGUGGUUACUUUAUGCACAGAAUUUAGUGCAAACUCAAAGACUCCAGCAUCUUGCUGUUGUUUUGCUAGGAAAUGAACAUUGUAAUAAUGACUGGAUAAACCAAUUCCUCAAAAGAAAUGGAGGCUCUGUGGAACGACUUUUCAUAAUAUAUGACAGCCCCUGGAUUAAUGACAUGGAUGUUUUUCAGUGGCCUUUAGGAGUAGCAACAUACAGGAAUUUUCCUGUGGUGGAGGUGAAUUGGUCAAUGCUACAUAAUGAAAGGCCAUACUUGUGUAAUUUUGUAGGAACCGUUUAUGAAAAUUCAUCCAGACAAGCACUAAUGAAAAUUUUGGAACAGGAUGGGAAUGAUAAGCUUUGCUGGGUUUCAGCAAGAGAACAGUGGCAACCUCAAGAAACCAAUGAAAGCCUCAAGAAUUACCAAGAUGCUCUGCUUCAGAGUGACCUCACCCUGUGCCCAGCAGGAGUAAACACGGAGUGUUACAGAAUAUACGAGGCCUGCUCCUAUGGCUCCGUUCCUGUGGUGGAAGACGUGAUGACUGCUGGCGGCUGUGGAAAUUCAUCUGUGUACCUUAAUGCUCCUCUGCAGUUGCUCAAGUCCAUGAAUGCUCCUUUCAUCUUUAUUCAGAACUGGAAGGAGCUUCCUGCUAUCUUAGAAAAAGAGAAGACUAUAAAUUUAGAGGAAAAGAUUCAAAGAAGAAAAAGAUUACUUCACUGGUAUCAACACUUCAAAACAGAGCUAAAAAUGAGGUUUACUAAUAUUUUAGAAAGUUCAUUUUUAAAGAACAAUAAAAAUUAACUGUAAUUCAUUUUUUUCAAGCUAAGGUCUGAGUUUUUGAAUCAUUUCUAAUGCUGUGUGUGUAUUUAGAAAUGUUCUUUAAGGUACCGCAUAGACUGUAGAUUAUGUCUGUAGUAUUGACCAAGUACAGCCUUAUUGGACCACUCCUGAAAAUAAAGUUAAAAUGUACUCAGACUCAUUUGUACAAAGUUGAGUGAUUGAGCAUUUAUUAACGCUUCUCACUCGUUUAAAUCUGCUCGAGGGAAGCAGCAUGGUUUAGUGGAAAGACUGGGCAGUGGAGUCAGACAAAGCCUGGGUUUAAACCUCACUGCUGUACCUACUAUCGGGGACCCUGAGCAAGCCACCUCAUUGUUUUGAGUGUAGGUUCCUUUCCAUGUAGAACGGAGAUAAUGGUAUCUCAUAGAGUUGAUUGUAAAUAUGAAAUGAAAUAAUAUAUAAAGUACUCAAUAAUUGAAAUAAUUUCUAAUUCAUUUUUCAUUCCUUACUAGUUAAUAAUAGGGUUAAAUUUAAAUAUUUUAAUACACAAUCAUUUCCAUAAUUUGAGAGUAAUCAUACAUCAUGUUGGGAAUGUAUGUGGACAAAUCUUACAGAGUUAGACUUUAUUUAUUUACAUGUUAUCUUUUGGUUAUUAUAUUUCUUAAGUCUUUUUAUUGUGAUGAAGUACACAUAACAAAAUUUACCGUCUUUAAGAUUUCCAAGUGUACAGUUCAGUGGUGGUAAAUACAUUCAUAAUGUUUUACAACCAUCAUCUCUAUCCAUUUCCUUAGGCUUUUCCAUCUUGUAGGACUGAAACUCCACACCCAUUUAACAACCGCUCUCCCUUUUUGCCUUGUUCCAGGUCCUGGCAGCCACCGCUCUACUUUCUGUUUCCACGAUUUUGACUAUUCCACGUACCUUAAAGUGGAAUCAUACAGUGUUUCUCUUUUUGUGACUGACUUGUUUUACUUAGCAUGAUGUCCUCAGGGUUCAUCUAUGUGGUAGCAUAUGUCAGAAUUUCCUUCUUUUUAAGGCUAAAUAGUGUUCCAUUGUAUGUAUAUACCACAUUUUAUUUAUUCAUUCUUCUAUCAGUGGCCACUUGGAAUGUCUCCACUAUUGUGGAUAAGGCUAUUGUGAAUAAGGAUGUGAUAAACAUGAAUAUACAGAUAUUUCUUUGUGAUCCUGCCUUUAGUUCUUUUAGGUAUACCCAGAAAUGGAAUUGCUGGAUUAUAGGGUAAUUUGGUUUUUAAUUUUAUGAGAUACCUUCAUCCUGUUUUGCAGAGUAGCUGUACCAUUUCAGAUUCUCACCAACAGUGUACAAACAUUCUAAUUUCUCCACUUCCUUGCCAACACUUGUUAUUUUCUGAUAUUUUGAUAGUAGCCAUCCUAACAGGUGUGAGGUGGUAUCUGAUUAUAGUUUUUGACUAGCAUUUCCCUAGUGAUUAUUGAUAAUGAGCAUAUGUCUCCUUUGGAUAAAUAUCUAUUCAAGUUCUUUACCUAUUUUUUUGUUGUUGUUAGUUGACAGAGUUGAUAAAAGUUGAUGCUUUUUAUAUAAAUCUGUUUUCUUUACAUAAUUUCCUAAAAGUGAAAUCACUGAGCCAAAAUGUGUACACACAUUAAGGCCUUCUUAAAACUUUAUUUUAUAUUGAAAUAUAGCUGAUUAACAAUGUGAUAGUCUCGGGUGGACAGCAGAGGGACUCAGCCACACAUAUACAUGUAUCCACU